UUGCAAAAAAAUUAACAAAUACUUCCCAACCAAAAAUUUGGUGACAACGCUACUAAACCAUUCUGUCGUAGUGUCGUUGCUCUGAGAAAUUAAGGAAGCAAAAAGCCAAAAGCUCAAACACCGCGAUCCCACUGGUUUGGAUCCAGCUGUUACAACAACAGUGAGAAGAGUAAUCAACAAUGGCCGCCAGAUUGGUAUCUCGCUCCUCUCUUCACAACCAAUCCAAUCCCUUCUCCCUUUUCUUCACCAAGCUUCACACAACCACAGCUCCAAUCAACCACACCCACAAACUCAUCUCUUUCUCUUCUUCUUCUCCUUCAUCCACAACAACCCAUAACAGCAGGUCUCUUCUUCCUCCGCCACCAUUCUCUUCCUUUCGCCUCUUCAGCUCCUCCGAACCCAACACCAAGCGUUCCACCCUCGUCAAUUUCUCUCUCCCCUCCGACGACGAAGACGACGACGCCGAUCAGAAACCAAACGACAAGUCGUCGUCGUCGUCCCUCCCUCCUCCCUACGACCCAUUCAACAAGAAGCCGGCGAUCGAAGACCCAGAAGACCCAAAAGACUUGCAGGAAGUGUUCCACAAGAUGCGCACAGAUGGGCUCCAAAACAAUGCAGUCAAGAUGUUCGACGCUUUGUCCAAGGACGGCCGCACCCACGAGGCCUUAGAGCUCUUCGCCCAGAUCAAAGACAAGGGCCACAUGCCCGACGUGGUGGCCCACACCGCAGUCAUCGAGGCCUACGCCGCCGCCGGAAAGCCCAAGGAAUCUCUCAAGGUGUACAUGCGGAUGUUGGCGUGUGGGGUUGCACCAAAUGCCUACACUUAUAGCGUGCUCAUCAAGGCACUCGCUGCCGACGCCAGUUUCGUUGGGGAUGCGAAGAAGUAUCUGAUAGAGAUGAUGGGGAAGGGAAUGCGGCCCAAUGCCGGGACGUGCGUGGCGGUGUUUGAGGCGUUUGCGGCCGAGGAGAGGGUGGAGGAUGGGAGGGAGUUGCUGGAGGAGAUGAAAGGGAAAGGGUUUGUGGCGGACGAGCAGGCGGUGAGGGAGGUGCUCAAGGGUAGAAGAGGAGCUGUGGUUAGAAGUGUCAUCAACCUUCUCUUUGGAAAGUAGAUUGAUUGCUCGUUUCGUUGUGUUUGCUGAAAGUUAGUACGUAAUGGAAAUGCGUUUGAGGACAUAAUAACUCUGUGUUGUUUGAGUUGGAAAUUUAAUUGCUAUGAACUUGUUCGCUAA